CAACUAGUGGUCCUGCGAUGUUGUCUGCUUCAUCAACGUCGUGUCAUCUUGCAAGACGUCAAAAAGCUGACGUAAUCAAGGGGAGAGCGAAUUUUAUAGGGAGACGACUAGGCGCACGUAAAAAGCGGCCCUUGCCAGCAGGUGAUAAAGUGUCUGGUCGCCCCGUAACUGAUAAGAAGCCAAAGUUGGGCCCCUCGUCUUCAAAGUCUUCGGGGAGCAGAGGAGGAGAUCGUGAGGACGUAAAUAAAGUACUACUGCAACAUGAUGCUGCAGUAAGAGUCGAUCAGCCUGUAGCUUCUGCUUCGAAGACGGUGAUCCUGGCCUUCAACAUUGAAGAUGGCACAUUACGCAUUAGCGAGAAGGAGGCAAAUUUUAAGAAGUAAUUGCUUAUUCAAUCGAUUUACGAUGUUGAUCAUCAUGCGCAUUUUAGUCAUCUUGGGUGAAAAAAGAGAAUGUUUACGUAUAUUAUUUCAUAACUUCAACAAGUUUUAGGCAUCACUCAGUGAGCAAUUGAAAUACGCCUACGACGUUGACAAAGACUUAGGGACUAGCCUCUAAUUCAAUUAUCAAAGGCGAAAAAGUGUAUGCGCGCUACGAUCUGCAGUGUUCUGACGCGGGUGACAAGAAGAAAAAUCCAAGUCUCAAACGCGACUACAGCGGUCUCCUCUGCAAGAGCGAGCUGUGGACGUU